CACGUCUGGUUAGCACAAGGUUGUUGCAAGACGUGUAUAAAGAGGGUAGGAUGGGAUGGGAACUUGGGAAGGACGAGGUGGUAGUAGGAGUUGGGCGAGUGAGGGAGAAGGCAUGGAUGGGCUUGUGGUCAGCUUGAAUAACGUUUGGUCUAGAGUAACCGACGUGAGACGCAGGAAGGCAGGAUGUGUAGCUUGACUGGGGACAACACUGGAAAAGUACAUUGCACAGCUUGCGUGGCGAUGUGGUCUUGAUUGAAUGAUAUUGCAGUGCAACGAGAUGAGGUAGAAAUAGGGAAGAAAAAAUGGGUGCGAGGCUGGGUUUAGGGCGUGAUGGCUGCGGCUUUAGGCUUUUCGCCUUUCGCACCAAGAUCAAUCUUAUGCAUUCUUAUGACCCAUUGUCACACGUGCUUAUUUGGGAGGUGAACAGGUUAUGUGGCAGACACUGGCAGUUGAUCACAUGCUGGUUGCGGCUUCGAUGUUAUGCGAUGAAUUGCACGUUUGGAUGAGAGCAUUCGCUCUCACAUAAAAGUGGCCGCUUCCGGGAUUGGGCAGUCGCUGAAGCUCUUGCCGUCGUGGCGGCGAGCGCAAUCGUGGCGGUUGGGUCUGACGGAGCAUUGCGCGACCGUUUGUAUCAUUGGAAACGGGCCCAGCUGCGCUCUGUGACGCGGCAUUGUAACAUGACGUUUACCACUAACACAGAGCUGUUUGGCUCACUAAUCCAACGGAAAAAGUCAGCGCCCGUCGACGGAAGCUCUCGUUGCGCAAUACCUUACUCUCUGGCCCCGACGACUUUUGCGCAUAAACAUCUUAUGAUACAGCGCCUAUACAUGGUCUUGUGAUCUCUAAAACUGUUUGAACAACAACCAUGGUCGACGAGGACCAGCUCGUCUGCGAGGGCAGCACGAACCCUUAAUUUACAUCAAUGUUGUAUGAAACGACAACAUAUUCUCAGACUGGGUUAAGAUUUGAGGCCCCGUUGGCGUAAACUUUGCUUGGAGCCGUUGUUGGCGGAAAGGAGGCGCUUACUCCCGAGGCUAGCGCUGCCAGCACUAUGGCCGAAUUUUUUGGUGUUCCUAAGAUUCCAUGGCGCAUAUUGACCCAGGCUUUUCAGGUGAACCUUGCUCGGCGUGUCGAAACAGACUUAGCCUGCCAAACCGCCCUUGACUCGUUAGACCUGCGGCCCCCCACCACCCGGCGCACACCUGUACGGCAACAACCCUGCAAAGGAGGGAUCCCCGCUGUACCGAAGGACACGACAACAUCGGGAGCCAUGCUUGCAUCCGCCUCCACCUCAAGCGCACGUGGAGGGAAAACACCGGUAGCCGCUGGCGUCGCAGUGCUGACCGGGUCGCCCUCAGCAGCAGAAACAACAACAGCUGCAGCGGCAGCAGCAGCUACCGGUGAUGGUGGCAGGAAUGGCGGUGACGCAGCUUCCAACCCAGCUGCGGCAGCGGCUGCUGCAGCGCCUGGCCCCACUCCCGCCGGCGUGUUGUCUCCCAUCUCCACUUGCUCCUCCGCCUGCUCCGCCUCCUCCGCCGCCUCCUCCUCCUCGGGGGACUCCGGCAGCCCCGCCUCUACCACGCAGGGCGCCGUGCAGCCGCCGGAGGACUGCAACACGCAGCGAGCAGAUGCCACCACUGCCGCAGCUACUGCCAUUGCAGCAGCAACCACGGCAGCAGCAGCAGCACCAACGGCGGCUUCAGAGCCGUCCCCAACCCCACCAGCAGCAGUAGCAGCAGCAGCGGUCGCGACGGCAACUGGCAACCUGGCAGGCCGGGCAGCAGGCGCCGGCGGCGGCACUGCUGCUACUGCCGCCGCUUACCCAGCGCAUGCGGCCGGGGCCCCGCCGCCUGUCACCUUGUCUCCAUGCACAGGCGGCUGCGGCGGUGGCACACACACUGGCGGCUGCGGUGCACACCCCCACAACCCCGCCCACCCCACCUCCCACAGCCCACCCCACCCGCUGUACCACAUCCAAGCCCGAGCCGGCCGCCAUGCCUGCAACCAGCCAACACCCCAGCCACCACCACCGGCACCUCCACCCCCACCUUCUCAUCCGCACGCACCUCCACCUCCUUACCAACAUCCCGCAACCGUCACCCUUGCCGCAGCUCCUGCUCAAGCACCGGUGCCCCCGCUCACCACACCCACCGGCUGCUGCUCCCCCGCCACCGCUCCCUCCCCUCCGCCGCUGCUGCUGCGGCGACCCGCCACCCUCCGGCUGCGCUGCCUGGUUCGCGACCCCGCCAGCGGCUCCCUGCUCGCCACCGCCUGGGGUCAUGUGGACGAUCCGGAUGUGCACCUGGGACGGACCCGUGGGUCACUCCGGGGACCCAGACCCGGAGGCGGGUUCCAACAGCAUCCGCAGCAGCACCCGCACGGGGCGGCUGGAGACGUGGCACCGGGGAGUUUGUUACUGGUGGAGGAGCAGGUGUUGGGUCGAGGUGCCUUCGGGCUGGUGUCGUUGGUGGUGGAUGCAGUAACGGAGCGGCCGUACGCGUUAAAACGCCUGCGCCGCGCGGUGGUGAGUCCGCUGCAUGUGAUGCAGGAGCAGCAGGCGGUGAGGCGACUGCUGGAGGACCCGCCGGAGGGGCCGGAAGCUGGGGGGACGGAUGAGGAGGAAGUGGAGGAGGAGGAGGGGGAAAGUGGCUUGCGGUGUAAAGGCAGUGAGACUGGCGGCGCCGCCGGCUACCGGUGCAGCGGCAACGGCGGCAACGGCGGCAGCAGCAUCAGCGGAGGUCCGCAGCGGGUACCUAGCGGCAGUGGAGCGCUCCCGGGUGGGCAGUGCGCAGCAGCCCUGGCAGCAGCAGCAGCAGCAGCGGGCGGGCGACAGCAGCAGCCGCAGCGACCCUGCUACUGCCGAUUCUGUACGGCAGCGGCAGCAGCCGCUGGGGGUCAGGGAGGCGGUGGCGGAGGUGGUGGUGCUGCUGCUGCUUCCUCCCCGAGUCCCGCUCGUGCAUCCUGGUUGGCCAAGCAGCGGGCGCUGGGCAGGUUGCCGGGCAGGGUGCAGGCACCCGCACCACCCUCACCUCGGGAUCCCGCAGAAGCAGCGGCCUCCCCAUCAGCGGCCGCCUCCUCCGCAGCGUUAUCUCCCUCGCAGGUUGCGUCCGCUGCUUGCUCGGCUGCUUCGCCGCACCGAUGCGCCUCGCAGACGCAGACCCAGCAGCAGCAGCAGCGGAGGCAGGGGCGGCGGCAGGUGCUGCGAAAGGGAGCUGGUACGGCCUUCUGUGUACGGCAGCUGGGCACCUUCCAGGACGAGCAGUACUUUUACCUGCUGCUGGAGUACUGCCCGGGGGGCGACCUGGAGCGCCUCACGCGCUGCCUCACCCGCAAGACGCUGGUGCCGCGUCGCAGCUGGCUGGCGCAGGUGGUGGCGGGGCCGCAGACGGCGUGGCGGGGCAUGGCGGAGGCGGCGGUGCGGUUCUACGCGGCCGGGGUGGUGCGGGCGCUGCAGGUGGUGGUGUGCGGGGCUGGCAGGCUUGGUGCUAUUGCCCACCUGGUGUAACCUCCUUUGCCUCUCCUUCUCCCUGUGACCACUGCUGCGCACCCCGCUGCCUACCCCCCUCUCCUGUCCCUCCCUUCUCCCUCCUCACUUGUGGUUUGGCGGCAUUUCUUUGACCUCCCUCCAUUCACCAGGAGCUUGUCGUCUUGUUUGCCGUUAUCAUUCCACACAUAGGGCACCGGUUGGACCGGUAUCCUCCUUCUCCCUCCUCCUCCAUCCUCCCUCCAUCCUCCUUCUCCCUCCCCCCCUCCUCAGGAGCUGCAUGCGCGCUUCAUCGUGUACCGCGACCUGAAGCCCGGCAACGUGCUGAUCGACCGCUGCGGCUACCCGCGUCUGGCGGACUUUGGGCUGGCCAAGGUGCUGGACGGACCCAUGGGUCGGGCCACCUCCGCGUGCGGCACCCUGGACUACAUGGCUCCCGAGGUGGUCAAGAUCGAGUGCUCUCAGCUGCUCCGAAGGGGCGGCCGCGGCAAGGGCCUCCCAGACACCCCCGCGGCGACCCCUCUUGACGCCGCUGACGCCACACCGCCCCGCAACCCGCGAGGGGGGCCGCUGCUGCUGCUACGGCACCGCGGGGCAGCCGCCACUCCUGCUCCUCCUCCUACCCCCACCCCUGCCGCCACCCCCACCCCGCCCGCAUUCGGCUCCUACGGCCUCAGUGUGGACUGGUGGUCUCUGGGGGUGCUGCUGUACGUGCUGCUCACCGGCACCAAGCCCUUCAGCCCGCCCGAGGAGGAGGAGGCGGCGGCAGCGGGGGGAGGUGAGCAGCAGCCGGGUCGCCUGCUGGCACGCAUACUCAACCCGCGCCACGAGCCCCCCCUGCCGCUGUACCUGAGUCCUGCGGCGCGGGAUCUGGUGCGGCGGUUGCUGGUACGGCAGCCUCGGUGGCGGUUGGGGUGCGGCGGGGGGGAUGCGGCGGAGGUGAUGGCGCACCCGUUCUUUGAGGGCUUCGACUGGGACGCCUACGAGGAGCGCCGCAUGCCGCCCCCGCACCCGCUGCAGGAGGUGUCCCUGUCGGAGGACCAGGAGGCGGAGUCAGUCGCCUGCUUCUUCGGGUACUGGGACCACAGCUCGCGGGUGCAGGAGGCGGGGAGAGGGGGGCAGUCAGGAGCAGUGCUGGGAGCGGUGGGGACAGGGCAGCAGCAGGCGGCGGGGCUGCAACAGCAGCAGCAGCAGCAGGAAGCAGCGCGGCUGCUGCAGCGGCAGCAGCAACAUGCGGAAUUGCUGCGGGACUUCUGAUGGUUUGACUUCUAAGGCGUUUGUCAGUCGCGACUGUUUUCGGCUUCAUCUUGACGGCUUGGAGAUUGCUGCACCGACGGGAUGCGCUAUCCGACGAGAAUUUGGACGAGAACUUGCGGUAUCAAUGCGGUCAUGGUUGGGAUGGUAUGUAUGAAGAGGAGGAGGAGGGAUCUGGGUCAAGGGACGAUCUGGAUUGAUGCUGUCUGUACUGCAAACACCUUGCAUCUUGUACUUAAUGCUUCGGGCCCAUAAUGAUAAAAUUCCUAUUACAUUUUUUGUUGUUUGCCGAAUUGUGUCGAAUUGUGUCGAGUCAAUGUUUAUAUAGGUUUUGGAGGGACGUUCUCGAGUAUUGGGGAGGUAGUAAGCAUUACGCAAUGAGCGCGCAUUUGGUUGGCUGCUGCCUGCACGCCUUCACUCCGUCUUGCCUCACACGUACCCCGGGCAUGCUUCUAGCGCUCUUAGCGCUGGGUUCGCGCCAUUCAUCCUACUACUGCUGCUGUUGUUUGUUUUGAUGUUCUGAUGUUCAAACGCAAUAACAUCGGCAGCAGAAGGCAGCAACCCACCCUUGCAGAGACAGCGUCCGUCUGUGGUGCAUCAUCUUGCCAUUCCAACACGCAGCAACAACAACACGAGGAUAGGCACCUGACACACGGUGCACAGUGCCAGUAAAGCGGGUGGUUGUGCGGAGUGGACGUUUCCCGGGCACACGCCCCUUGUCCCCGGCGCUGCUGUCGUUGGUCAGUUGCAGUGCCGGGUGGGGUGGCGGCAUGGGACCUAUAACCUUGUUGGCCGUUGCUCGGUGGUUGGCCUGGCUUGGUCUGGGAGUACGAUAAUAACAUGUAUGUCCUGAACUUGUUACUUCUGCUGUUUGUUACUGUUGCUGCCGCCGAUAAGUGGAAUGAGCAUGACGGACGGACAGGAGGUUCAUUACUUGGACAGGGAAAGCUUAUCCGGUACCCCCAGCUCAUGCGGUUUGUUGCGUCUUUUGGUAUUGGGGCACAUGCCGGUGUAAUGCUUGUGUACAGCGUUUGGGAGGAAGCGCGGAGGGACUACUCGGUGGGCUGCUGCCGUCUUGCACUGCGUUGGUUGGUGUUUCCUCCGGCCGGGCCGGUGUGUUGAAGCAACACACAGGGCCCUAUAUGCGUUAGGGAAACGGGCCGCGGGUGCGUGCGUGUGUGGGCACCUUGCAUGCGGAUGCGGUUUGCUCGGCGGUGGGCAGGUGGGGUGCGGGCCGGGAGCGACACAACCCGUUACCGUACCGGUAACUUGGCUUGGAAGGACGUGUGGUGUGGGGUUGGUUUUAAAGGCAAGCUGUGCUGUACUGCUUACUUCAUUGUGACUUCAGUGGGAGUUGGGCCGUUGGCCGUUGGAACUGAAUAUACGGUAAUAAAGGGGCCUGCAUGCAGUCGGGCAUGCACGCGGCACCGGCUAUACGGAGGACAUGCAGUCGCCAGGGUCAUGCAGUGUUUGCAUCUGGAACAGAUUAGGGGAUUGUCAAGCUGUAGAUUAGCGUUUUAAAUAAUUAUAAAUUGCUGUGCCGUCGUACGACUUUGACCUGAGUGGAGGAGGAGACGUUGAUUGCCGGUUAACAGGUUGACAAUGGCGCAUGCAACGUAGCCAAAUGCAUGCGGUGGGCAGCUGGGUUCGAAGGCGAGGGUGACGUACAGCGGUGCUUCGCGGUUGUACGGCGGGUCGUUCAUACCGUUGGGGGCUGCAGUUGGUGUUCGUUGACGGUUGGAAGUAUGUUUGUUUGGAACUGGGCGGCGCAUCUGUAGGAGUCAUGCGCUGUUAGGUUACUGAAGUUGGCUAGGGAGCCAUUUCCCAGUGGAAGGACCCACUCGCCGAAUGAGCAGGGGACAUGUCAUAUAAUGGACUAACCACUAUACGGACGCAUGAACACGGUUUGCCAAUAGAUUAGUAAUGGACGGACCGGACCUUACUUGUAUGCUAUUCGGACGGUUUAUUUUCUGCCCCCAAUGCUGCAUGCAGGGCUUAAGUCGAAGGCGGUUGGAAAUUGGAGCUGCAUGUUUGUGUGUGCGGAGGCAGUUAGCGGUAUUGAGCGAAGCAUGGUUCGUAUUCUCUUAUGCGCCAUUCCUUUCUAGGGGCAUAAGAAGUGGGCCGAGGAGUGUCGCUGCAAGUCAUUGCAGCCGGAUCGAGUCGAUUAACGUGGUAUGAGUGGGGCAUAUGCAACAGGCGAUCUCGACUUCUGAAGGCCCGCGGCUUCAAGCAUCACAUCGGGGCGACGUGCUUGAUAAGGACGGCACUAUUGGCAGGAGCACGCUGUUAUGUACGGCACCUGCUGCCGGAGGGCUUAUGGUCUGGGUUUCGUCGCGUGUGGCCCACUGUGAGACAGGCAGUCACGGGUCUGUUGUGUGCCUUGGACAGGAUAGCUGACAGAAGGACUACCUGACUACCCUAGCGCAGUAGAUAAAUACGGAAUCUUGCACCUGCCGUUAUCCACAGUCAAGAAUCCUUUCCACUUGUUGGUUGCUUACGGUAUACUCGAUGUGUCUUAUUGUUGAGGGUGUCAAGCCCGUUGCAUUAUCUUUGAACUGUUGCUUGCUUGCUUCUCACUUUAUGCAUUCUGCUCUUUUGACCUUCAAACUGGCGGUUGAGGGCUUACAAGAGGAGGCCUGUGAGUUUCCCUGGCAAAGUUUGUGUUGCACGCGUCAGGAUGAUCCUCGACUUUGGGUGUACGGUAACCCGACCGGCACAUGCGGGCUUGUAACACGGCUAUCCG